AACAAAUGAAUAGUUAUAGAGGUUAAAUGUAUAGCAAGCUCAUAUAAGUCCAUGCUAUUAUUCCUUUUCAAGGCGGAACGUAUGGUUUUAUGCCAGUAUUGUGGUCUAAGCAUUGUCUCUUAUUUGCACAGUGUUAUGCAUGGUUUACCCACCGAUCUCAAUACGCGCUGUGUUCUACGGACUGGCAAGCAUUUGUAAAAUCCAUGCUAUUAUUCCUUUUCAAGGCGGAACGUAUGGCUCUGGGUCAGUAUUGUGGUCUAAGCAUUGCCUCUUAUUUGCACAGUGUUAUGCAUGGUUUACCCACCGAUCGCAAUACGCGCUGUGUUCUACGGACUGGCAAGCAUUUGUAAAAUCCAUGCUAUUAUUCCUUUUCAAGGCGGAACGUAUGGCUCUGGGUCAGUAUUGUGGUCUAAGCAUUGCCUCUUGUACAAUGUUAUGCAUGGUUUACCCACCG